CUGCCUUUAAAAACCGUCAGUUUCAGAGGUUCAGUCUGUGCUCAAGGCCGGGGCCAAGUCCAGAUCCAGGAUCUGAGGAACACAGGAGGACCUGCAGGAGCUUGGUUGCCGGGUUACCAGGAGAGUGAAGCAUCAGGGGAAAAACGACCUCCAUCAGUGAUCCUCUGGCUGGAUCUGAGGUGGUGUUCUGGACUUUUCCUCUGAUGAUGACCAUCAUGGUGGGACCCCCCACCCCUGAGGAUCUUCAGUGCCCCUGCUGAUAUGGCGUACCUGGCCCACACCGCCCACGCCCAGCUCAUUGCCCUCUGGCUGGGCUUCAUGGGCUGGACGCUCAUGGCCGUGGCGCCAGGACUCGUCCAGUGGAGGGUGUGGCGUGUUUCCGACACGGAGGUGAUCAGCUCGGGGGUGGCCUGGGUGGGCAUCUGGAGGGCGUGCUUCAACAGCCACACCGUGGUGACCCCCGGCUUCCUGGUCAUGCACUGUGAGGACAUCAGGCUGAGCGAGGCCUUCACGCCCCCGGAGAUGGCGGCGGGUCAGGUCCUCAUGCUCCUCUCUGUCCUGGUGGGGCUUUGUGGAAACGCCGGAGGGGUUUAUGCCAUGAGGAACAUCUACUUUGGGAUGGAGAGGAACUCGCUCAUCCGUCUGGCGUUCCUCAUCACCGGCGUGCUGAGUCUCUUAGCGGCGGUGAUGGCGCUGAUCCCUCUGCUGUGGAACAUACACUCAGUGGUGACCAAUCAGACGGUAGACUUUCCUGCUAGGUUUAAAAUGCCCCCGGCUCCUGACUCUCAGCAAGUGGGCGGCGGCAUCAGGGUGGGGAUGGCGGGGAGCAUCCUCAUGGUCAUCUCUGGGAUUAUCUUCUGCAGCUACAGAAUACCGGUGAGGUCACGGCCGACGCCUCAGAGCAGCCAGAGGGAGGAGCUUCACCUGGACAGAUCUGUACCUGCAGAACCUGAGACUGAUGACCGGGGGGCUCCAACGGGUGAAGAUAACCCAGCGUAUGAGUCUCCUGAACACCUGUGUUAA